UUGAUGUCGAGAAAACAAACGAAGAUAUGAGCGACAUUGAGUUUUUUUUGCGGGAGAACAAAAAAGUGAAAAAAUACUCAGACUUUCCUACGCCCCCUGUUGACAUCCUCUGGGCGAACGAAGAUACCAAGCAGCUGCUGGAGCGUAUUCUGCCUCUCAAUAAUCUUCCAAGACUGCAAUGGGUUUUGAUACAGGCUCUCUUUUGUGACAUUGGAGGUGAUCGCAUGGUUCGUGGAUAUCAAGACAAAGUAUCCCUGCAGUCACAGGACAAAGAUCUAACUCGGUUCAAACUCAAAGGAACGAUUUCUACCAACGGUCUAGUUCUGAAUCUACUUGCCUAUGACACAACCCAGACGAAGAGACAGCAGCACCCCAGCCAAGAACUGGAGCUUUCUCAGGGAUUUCUCAACACGACGUGUUCAAAGGCGGCCGGUGAAGACCUAACAGAUGAAGACUACGCAAACAUAAACUGGAAGAGGAGCUCCAAGCUGCUUGAAAACGUUGAGCUCACAUUCAACAAACCAGGGCGAUGCCCAUCCGCAAACACCACAACUAUCGUCGGAUGUGAUCCUGGUAUUGUUAACGCCCUUACGUUUUCCUCGCUGGACCUCACAACCCUAACUUGCGGCAAACGGAAGCGUGAAAAAGGAAUGAUUGAGGUUGAGAGCGCCAUCCCUGUGUUUGGAAGGGAUACGUAUAAUGAGUACUUUCAAUGGAUGAACGAGGAGUCUCAGACACAGACAGGAUCAACGAAUUUGGAUGUGCUUCAAGAGUUCUACGAGUCCAGAUGGCACCUGAAAAAAAAAUGGGACCUACGAAAGGCUCAACGAGCUACGUUCGACUACGCGGUACAGCGAGUGUUGAAGAUGCUUGGGGAUAAAGGAGUACUUGUCGUCGGCCUAGGGUCCUUUGAAAGUAGUAAAGGAGUUCCCAGCAAGCACACUGCUAUAACGAGACAUCUUGUCACACAGGUCAAAGCACGAGGACACUUCGCUGUAGGAGCGCACGAAUUUUACACCAGCGCCCGCUGUCCCCGACCCCUCUGCGAUAGCUUUUUAGAGACGGUGUACCCUCGCUCUAAAUAUUGCGGACAUACAAGAGAGCCUGCAAAGUACAAGCCCACGGAAGAGUCGCCUGCUCCGGCUGCAAAGCGCGCACGACGCUAGACACAAGUAUUUGGGUGCCGGCACAC